AUGACACCUGCCUGGUUGCCCACCUCCCCUGCUACGGGUUGCCCGAUUUACGGCUACCUGCGCGUGCGGCGUUGGUACGAUUUCUCCAACGUGGCAAGCCCGGGCUUCAGCCAUCACAUGAUGCGUUUCAUCCCGAAGGACGAGCGCCCUGAAGACCUGCUUGACCUGGUGUGGGCUCCUGGUGCAGACUCGAAGGCGGUGGCGGCUGUCGUCAACUUCCAGCUGCGAACGGUUGCAGAGUCCCGUGUCCUCGAAUUCCUUGCGUUGCCGCUGGGACUCUUGUUCGCGAUCUGGGCGAUGUAUCAUGAGAUGCAGAGCUGGAUGCGGGUUGGGGAUACCAGAAAGCUUCUCUCGUACAUCCCUGCCAGAGUGGCGCAAGGCCGCGUGGCCGCCGCGCCCGCAGCCUCUCCCGCCUCGCGCCGUGCCGAGGCGUGGGUCAGGGAGAACUUCGACGUGGAGAAUGGCAUGGUCAGGCUGCCGGAGAUCCCGUCGUCCGUGUUCGAGCGCAGGCGCCGUCGGCGGGAGGCGCUCACGUCUCUGGACGUGGACAUGCCCAUCCCUAUGACCCCACAGGAGGAAGAGGCGCUGCUCAUGGACAUCUCCGAGGCCAUCGUUGUCGGCGGCGGCUUGGGCGGCAUGUCUGCUGCCAACACGGUGCUUGAAAACAACGGUAAGGUUGUGUUGUUGGACAAGUCCUCCUUCUGCGGGGGAAACUCCACCAAGGCCACUAGCGGCAUCAACGGCGCAGAGACCAAGACGCAGAAGGACAAGGGCAUCAAUGACACCAUCACCCUGUUCACGAACGACACUCUCAAGGGUGGCGCCAAGAAGCCCGAGCUCGUCAAAAUCCUGUGCGGCAAUAGCGGGGCCGAUGUCGACUGGCUGGUGGAGGCGUUCAACCUCGACCUGUCCCUGGUCGCCCGCCUCGGCGGUCAUUCUGCGCCGCGCACCCACCGAGGCGCCGAGCGCUUUCCCGGGAUGACCAUCACCUACGCCCUGAUCCAGAUGGUCGAAAAGAUCGCCGAGAGAUCGGACAAGGCGCGCAUCAUCACUAAGGCGAAGGUAACCAAGCUGCUCACCAGCGGUGGCGCCUGCGUGGGCUGCACCUACGAGAAGGGCGGCCAGGUCUUCUCCGAGAUGGGGCCCGUCAUCCUCGCCACCGGCGGCUUCGGCGCGGACUUUACCAGCAAUUCCCUCCUGGCUCAGUACCGCCCCGACCUGAUGCACCUGCCGACCACCAACGGCGAGCACUGCACUGGCGACGGCAUCAAGAUGGGCGAGGCAAUCGGGGCCAAGUCUAUCGAUCUCGAAUGGGUGCAGGUUCACCCCACUGGCCUUGUAAAGCCAGACGACCCCGACGCCAAAAUCAAGUUCUUGGCCGCCGAGGCUCUCCGUGGUGUUGGCGGCCUCGUGCUGGAUGCGAACGGCAAGCGCUUCGCGAACGAGCUUGGACGCCGCGACUACGUCACCGGCGAGAUGUGGAAGAACAAGCCGCCCUUCAGGCUCUGCUUGAACAAGGCCGCGUCUGCUGAGAUCGCCUGGCAUUGUAAGCAUUAUACUGGCCGGGGAGUCAUGAAGUUUUACGAGAGCGGCGAGGCGCUCGCCAAGGACAUGGGCGUUCCUCUUUCCGUGCUGGAGGAAACACACACGGCACAUUACGCCGCCGCCAAGAAAACCGAAAAGGAUCCAGAUGGCGGCUCGUUCCCGGCCUACCCCAGCGGCAAGUCUUGGGACGAGGCGAGCGGCAAGACGGGUUCCGGGAAGAAGUUCUACCAUAAUGUCAUCGACGGCCCUGCAGUGAAGAGCGAGCCCUUCUACGUGGCCAUCAUCACGCCAGUGAUCCACUACUGCAUGGGCGGCCUCGAGAUCGACGUGGACUCCGCCUGCAUCGGCGCCAACGGUAAGGCCAUCCCUGGGCUGUACGCGGCCGGCGAGGUCGCUGGCGGCGUGCACGGCAACAACCGCUUGGGCGGCAAUUCGCUGCUCGAUUGUGUGGUGUUCGGCCGUGUGGCCGGCCUCGCGGCGGCCAAGUACAUGCUUGGCGAGGACUGCAAGCCCGUGAGCCUCAAGGACCUCUCCGGCGGUGGCCUCACCGGCGAGGUGACGUCGUCCAAGAACGCGGGCGGCUCCUACGAGGACGGCAUGGGCACGGCGGCGGCCGCGAAGGGCGGCGCCGCGUCCGCCGCCAAGGGCGGCGUCAAGGGCUACUCCAUGGAGGAAGUGGCCAAGCACACCAGCAAGACCGACUGCUGGGUCGUCGUGGCUGGCGAGGUGCUCGACGUCACCUCGUUCCUGAGCCAGCACCCUGGCGGCGAGCUGGCCAUCCUCACGUUCGCCGGGAAGGACGCCACGGAGGAGUUCAACAUGAUCCACCCUCCGGACGUGAUCCCGAAGUACGCUCCUGACGCCGCCAUCGGCGUGCUGGGCGCAGGGGGCGGCGCGGCCCCGGCGGCGGCGACCGGCGCCCCGGCGGCGAAGGCGGCCGCGGCGGACCAGCACGGCGCGCGCGACUGGAAGCUGGCGGACGACAACCGCAACAAGAGGAUGGGCGAGUACGGGCGCGUCCCGGGGCCCAUCGGGGCUCUCGUAUACAUGGUCAUAGCAUUCAUGAAGGAGGUCCUCUUCACUAUCUUCGGCCAGAAGAAUUUCCAGUUCACCAACGACCGCAUCGGCCUGACGCGCUCCGCGAUGUUCAUGUUCAUCUUCAUCAUCAUCCACGCGGUCGGCAACUUGCACGUGUUCCUCGGCCCGGACGACUUCAACGGAUACGGAUACUUCUAUGUCCGCCUCUACUGGACUGGCUUCGGUUUCAACGCCAACAUUGUGGAAGAGUACAUCUUGCUCGCCGCGCUGCUCCACGUGGCUGUGGGCCUGAAGCGGACCUGGGACAUCUCGAUCAACUACACCAUCGCGUCAGGCAAGCUCAACCUCGCGAUCUCGGGCGUCACGUUGCUGACCUUCAUGAGCAUCCACCUCUUCCAGUUCCGCUUCGGCGACACGCAGCCGUUCGAGCUGUGCCCGCCGCCGUACCUGAUCAAUGUCGCCACACUGCUGGAGCUGAAGCUGAACCUCUUCUGGGUCCACGACGCCGACUGCGUCAAGGCGAGCGUGCGCGACAUCUACCGCAUGGAGUUCGAGGUCUUCCAGUCCCUCGGCUGGUGCCUCUUCUACAUCAGCGCCGUGGCUAUCUUCGCCACGCACAUGUGCCUCGGCUGGCAGAAGGCCGUCCCGGCGCCCGCGCUCGAGAUCCCGAAGCGUUUCCACAACAAGGCGGUUCACAUCGGUUAUAUCAUGACGGCCUUCAUCGCACUGGUGUACGUCAGCUUCCCGCUCUACACGCACGUGUUCCCCAUGUCCGACGGGGCGAUCACCCCCGAGGCCCCGCUGCCCAUCCCCGUCGCCACCGCGGGCCCGGCGUGA